CGUGGCGUCAUGCUCAGGCUCGGUGACGCGCUUCCGGUGGUAGUCCCGCCCUGUGAUAGAAGAUGGCGGCGGCCGGCAAACGCGGCGUGGCGGGGAAGGAGGAUGAUUUCUUGGGGUUCUCGGCAUUGUCCAAGUGCGGGAAGAAGGGGGCCCCGAAGCGGAAGCGAGUGAACAGGAACAAGAAGAAGAACUGGAAAGUGCACAGCGAUGUCCGCGAUGUGGAGGAGUUCCUGGACGACGUGCGGCUGCAGGAGAGGACGGCGGGGGGUCUGCUGGCAGAUAAGGAGGAUGAAAGCCUGUUCUUUCUGGACACUGUAAAGCCAGUAAAAGCGGCGGUUAAGAUAAAGAAACGUAAUAGACCUCUGAAAAUAGAUCUCAUUCUACAGCUGGACUCCAAAGUACCCCCACCCAAAGACAUUACUUCUCACCAAGUGCCCAAUGGAAGGAAACUGAAGCGGAAGAGAGAACGAGAGGAAAGAUUGGAGAAGAGGGGGAUUCUGCCCCGGCCAGAGAGGCUUCUCCGGGCCCAGCUGAACAGUAAGCCCGCUGCCAAAGAUGGAGGAAACAACGACCCAUCCCGUGGCUUCUAUGAUCUCUGGGCAGAGAAGAAUCCGUUGGAUUCUGCACUUGAAGGAAAAGACCACUGGUACUUGGAACAGACCAAGAAGAGCAGAGUCAAGCGUCCUGAGAAACUGAAGAAUAAACCAUCUCAGCUGCCGGCUGUUGAGGUUCCUGCUCCUGGGGCCUCCUACAACCCCACAUAUGAAUCGCAUCAGGCGCUGCUCCUUCGGGCUCAUGAGCUGGAACUAAAGACUGUGAAAGAGGAGGAAAAAGUGCAGAGACAAGUGAAGUUACCCCCAAGGGCUGAACUUCCCACAGAGGAAAGCAAACUCCAGGAGCUGUGUGAGGGACUGGUGGAGGAGUCUGACCAUGAUGGGUCAGGAGAAGAGGAGAGCAAGGAGCAGAAAUCCGUGUCCCUGCAUCAGAGAGAGCGCAAGACAGAGCGGCAGAGAAAGAAGGAGAAAGAGGCCAAAUUUCUGAAAGCGCGGCAAGAAGUAGAAAAGACGGAGAGGCUGCGACGUCAGGGGCUGUUCCAGCUGAAGUCCCUCCACUCGAUGAUGAAAUCUAGGCAAGCGGAGCAAUUACGGCGCAAGAAGCUCAGGGACGAGAAACGCGAAGCAAAGGCCUUGUUGCCGCGGAGGCUGGGCCGUCUCAAGUAUAAGGAGCCGGCUAUAGAUCUCCAGCUGAGUGAUGAACUAACAGAUUCACUGAGAAAACUAAAGCCUGAAGGGAGCGUUGCCAGAGACCGGUUUAAGAGUUUCCAGAAGAGAAGUCUCAUAGAGCCAAGAGAGCGUGCAAAGUUCAAGAGGAGGCUGAAGGUGAAGUAUGUGGAGAAGCGGGCUUUCCGAGAAAUCACGUUGUAAUUUGGACUGUGGCUUUUGAUCUACAUCGGGCCUUUUACAUGGAAAUAGAUCUUUAUUUUUGGUUGGUUUAAAAUCCUUUUCCCUGGGAAGAUCCUUUUGUAGCUGCAGACAGGACUGGAAGAGAUGGUGACCUCUCCAGCAAGCUUCACCACCUGGCCGUUGUCUCUCGGAUUAACACGGUCAUUGGAUCUCUGCCACUGCUUUACAUGUUAAUCCAAAUUAAAUUAUUUUGCCUCAGACUGUUACAUGUGUUUUAAAGCAGUCUACAGCACAUUCCAUUCCAGGUUAUUGUAGUUCAACCAAACAACGUUUCUGCACCCUUUUGUGAGACUGUAAAAAGGCCCCUUCGCCUGCCCAGGAAAGAGUGGGUGGCUCCCAAUGCCUGGGCUUUGUGACCUCUACAGCGGGUAAAACAGAUGAUGGCAAAAUCUUCCACCGUCAUGAGCUCAGACUGUGCUGCCAGUUUAUUGAACUUGACUCUCACACGAGUGCCAUGGAGUACGAUGGGCUUUUUCCCUAUGGAUAAGUUUGAUGGCAUGGUACAGGUUCCAGUAAAAUUAAAGUGAAUAAACUUAUUUUCUGAGCAAA